AUGCCAUUCAUUUUCGCCAUGUUUGAAGUCUUUGCCAUCAUAUUUACUUUAAUAGCCAUGUUUGCUUUAGUCUACAAGAAAACAAGGCAAAUUAUCCUGUGCUCGCUUCUCAAUAUUCUGAUUGAUGUUUUCUACAAGCGAGUAAUAGCUGAUAAAAGACGUCCAGGUAUGUGGUUAGGGAAAGUUCAUUUGAUAUGACAAGAGGGGGGGAAUGAAGAUAUUGAGGGGGGGCUCCGAAAAUUUUUAGACACCCGAAGGGGGGGCUCUGAAAAAAUUGUUGCGCUAGGAGGGGGGGCUCCGAAAAUUUGUAUACUUCAAAACCAACACAUGACAUCAUCAUACAGAUCGGAUGGUUUUCAACUCAACAAUUUAAUGACCUGUGCAACUCAGCUAUAUCACGUGUUUUACAGAUAUAACAAAUGUAGUCUCAGUAAUUAUUACACUCUUGUUCAUCCCAAAAAUGCUUUAGAAAAUUGUAUCACAACUGUAUCUCAAGUUUGUCAUAGUAUAAACCAUUGAAGACAAUAACGGUUAAUAUAUUUAAUACAGUCUAGCGAUCUUUUUCAGGGGAGCAAAGGAAUUGAAGGAGGAGGGGGGGCUCUGAAAUUUUUUUUACUACCAAGGACGGGGCUCCUAAAAAUUGAACCGCUAGCGAGGGGCUGCUAAAAUUUCAAGCUUCGAGUUUCAAUAUCUUCAUCCCCCCCCCUGUCAUAUUAAAUGAACUUUCCUUACAAAAUAUAUUUUGUCUUGAAUACAGUAACAGCCAGUCGUAGUACAAAACGGUGCUUUACUCUUCUAUGAGCACUUUGAUAGGGACCGAAAGCCGGAAAUAGACCAUCUAGUACGUUUACAUACCUCCUUGAAAAUUAUUGUCCGGCAUAACCAUACAGAAAGGACUUCUGUUCACACGCAGGAACGGUUGUGACAGAGCGAAGCUGCGCCGGGCCGAUCACAAAAAGUGGAGCGCGCGAAAAGCUAUCCUGUGUCGUGUGUAUAGCCUAAAUAUUGUUUGAGUGAGGCCUUUCAGUGCUGUAAUUAAAAAUGAAAAUGAAAAUGAUCCGAGUUUUGCCGAUCAAAGGCGCGCAUCAUCAGGGAUAGGAGGAGCUAUAUACUUGUAUUAAGAUAGUCUCUAAAAAGAAAGGACUGCAAGCUCGCUGCAUUUCUCACGGAACUUGAGGGUUGGUUUGUACUUGCCUGUAUAAAAUGCUUGGCCGGUGCAGGCGUAGAUUUGCAGAGACAUAUUCGUUCACAAUAAUCUUGCCUUCGAUGCCUUUAAGAUAGUCAUUUGUCAUGUAAGACUAAAUAUGUUUUCACGGAGGAGUUUUCUAUAUCUCUCUCCAUGUAAGUUCUUGACAAAUUUCUUGCCUACUAGUUUGGGUAAAUUUGUUCAGAAUCAAGACAACAGCUUAUCAUUGGUGGUGAUUUAAUUCAUUCUAAAGACGUGUAAUUUAACAUGAUUUACCACCAAGUGAAACCAAACCAAAUAUAGAACCUGAUACUAGGUUUUAUAGUAAAGUGAGAAACGUCGCAUGCAGUUCCUACAUAAUUAAGUUAUUUCGGGGUUUUGUCUAAAUAUGUUUUCUUUUUACUGAAACAGCCGUGUUCACGAACUAUCUUCAGAUGUUUCCAUGGUUGCAUCACCUAGAAGCUAACUGGGAAGCUAUUCGAGAUGAGCUGAUUUUGUUCGUGAAAAAUGGCGCUGGAAUGUGCAACGUCCACACAACUGGUGGCAACGAGCUCAAUACAGAAAGCAAAUGGAAACUGGCGAUGGUUUUAGGCUACGGCAAACCCAUAGACGAGGUUAAGUCUUUUUUUCCUGUCACACUCUCCAUAUUGACGAAGCUUCCUGAAGUUCAAAAUGCAGCAUUUUCGCUUUUGAAAGCAGGAGGAUCAAUUCCGCCGCACUGUGGGUCUACAGCGUCUAUUCUACGCUAUCAUCUGGCGUUGAUUGUACCAGACAAGGGGAAACGUUCUUGGCUGACAGUAAGUGGCGCUGAUGUACCAUGGAAAGAGGGAAAAGGGAUCUUGUUCGACGACACUUUUGAACAUUCUGCUUGUAAUGGUUCAGAAAAGGAUCGCGUUGUGCUAAUUGUUGACAUUAUUAGACCAAACCUGGGACUCAUAGAUGGAAUGAUUCAAAAAUUGGAAGUUUGGAAACAGACAAGGGAUUUUUUCCUUGGAAAACAAAGUUGA